AUGCAAUCCUCGCUGUCGCCCGAAGUCCCACCUCCCCCGGGGAGCACACACAGCACACACAGCAACGGGUCCCCGAACCCUCUGGCAAUGGUGCCCGACUCCGAGUCACCAGCCGACCGCGACUCGCCAAACGCAUCCUCCUCGGCGACCAGUGAUUCUCGAUCCCAAGGACAACAGCCUCCCGUCGUAGCGGUCCCCGCUGCAUGUCUCGCAUGCCGCAGCAAGCAUCUCAAAUGCGACGGCCAGAACCCGUGCUCGCGAUGCCUGAGCUCCCAGUCCGAGUGCGUUUACGUCGCUUCUCGGCGCGGCUACAAGGGCCCGAGGAGGAAUAACACCGCCAAUCCGAACAAGAGAGCGCGGUCUUCUUCCCCCACUUCCACCGUAGGUGUCGGCGACAAUAGCUGUCCAAUGCUACUUGGCGCAAACGGCACUUCAGUCCCCACGACGAUGCAGAACGGAAUGGCAUUUAAUACCCCGGGCGUCGUCCUUCCAGACACGCCCAGCACCACCUUUGCCGCGACGCCCAACUUUUCAAACCUGCAGCUCUACCGGUCUUUCGGUGCUGCCAUCGGCUUCAACUCGACCCAGCUGGCCCUGGGUCAAUCUCAGCCCGGUGUACCUGCGCAAGUCCCCGUGCCUACCUUGGCUGAACGAUGUCUCGACUCCUUUUAUCACCAUUUCCAUGGCUCGCACCCAUUUGCCUUACCCAAGGAAUGGCUGCUCCGUAUCAUGAGAGACACCAACGUGGAGCCUCUCCUGGCUGCCAUUCGGUGGGUUGGAGCUCUCUUCCUCGAUGUGGGACCUGCGCGGGCUGGCUUCCUGGAUGAGGCCUUGCGUCUGGUCCAAGAUCCAACGACUCGGAGGGAUGGCUUCUUCGUGCAAGCCCUGAUCCUCCUAAUCGUAGGCCUCGACGGCAGCUGUGAGCAGGAAAAGGCCCGAAAUCUACUUGGUGACGCCGAGCGCAUCGCUCUCGAACUUGGACUGAAUACCCGUGAAUAUGCAACACAGUAUGGGCGCGGUAUCCCUGUGCUGGAGGAGAGCUGGCGCAGGACGUGGUGGGACUUGUUCGUUGUAGACGGCAUGGUAGCUGGUGUACACCGCCAGACCAACUUCCUCCUGUUUGAUGUCCCCGCCGAUGCCGCCCUACCGUGUGAGGAGCACCAGUAUUUGUCUGGAAGUAUUCCGCCGCCCUUGACCCUGACGGACUUGGAAGACCAAGACUUUUCCGGGGACGACAGGCAAUUCUCCUCGUUUGCGUAUCGCAUUCUCGCAGGGCGGAACCUCGGAAAGUUCAUGCGCGUGCCACCAAUAUACGGCCCUGAUGAUGAGAAUCUCUCGCGAAUCGAGGCCCUUCUGACCAACUGGAGGCUUCACCUGCCGCUGUCCAAGAAGGACGCCCUGAACCAGAAGCUGCAGUCGGAUGAGAUGAUUUUCCAGGCCAACAUGAUGACCAAUGCGACAUCCAUCAUGCUUCACCAACCCCACUCUCAGCUGGACUCCUCGCCAACACGGUCUGUAACAUCCUGCGCACCGCACCGACCGGUUCCGUCUGGAGACUUGUUCAACUCGCACACGAACCACACGAUUGCGUCGGCUGCCGAGAUCAGCAAAAUGAUUACCCACCGCGUCCCUCUCCUCUCGCACACGCACUUCUUCACCUGCGUGGUGACGCUUUCCUCGAUCGUCCACUUGAGCAAGUGGGCGCUCUUCUUCAUCCCCCAUGACGACGACGACCUGCGACAGCAGAUUCGGCUCAACAUUGGCGCACUCAACAAGCUCUCGGCGGUGUGGAAGGCGGCGGGCAACGCUUCAGGGCAGGUCAAGGGCGUCGCGCAGGAGAUUUACCGGUCCAAGAAGGCGUCGCAGAUCAACCCGACGUACUGGCAAGGUUUCACGCAGGACGAGGUGAUGAACAGCAUUGCGGCGGACGAGACGAUUAUGAACGAUAUUGAGACUGGGUUGAGCGGGAUGCCAAUGCCGCCUCUCGACAACCUCCCCAGCUAA